CAUUUACAAAACCCCAGUCAGGUGUGCGUAAAACCGAACUCGUUGCGGGAUUUGCGCAGGCAGACGCGGAAGCUACAAGAGCCGACUCGCACGUAUGUUUUUCUGUGGGAGAAAUAUCAGAGGGGUUGGGCCAGAUCCUGUGGAAAAUGCUGCCUCCGUUUAGCUGCUCUCCGUGCUGGGGUUCGGGAGUUGUCUGGCUGAUGGCACACACAAGCUACUGACUUACAGCGUGAGGCUCGAGAGGGUCGUCUUGUCCGUCAACCCCCGCGGCACCGCCACCUUCUGUGGGUAGAAAUCACCAUCAUGCCGAGCUCCGAUGGAGGGACGUGGAUAUGACCCGCUCUCCGUGAACUGCAACUGCCGACGACGUGUUGCAAUUAAGCGGAGACCCAAGAAGCCGUCGGGUUGUAAACCACCGUGUGAUUUGAUAACGGUCUUUGAUGGCAUGUUCCAGGUUUGCCUGACAGCCGGCUCUCCGAGUAGGCUGCGGCUCUUUGAUGUCUCUGGAGCCAUUCAUCCUAUCGUUGUAAUGACGUUUGUACGGUUAUUAUAAUUGUAUCGGUGAGGUAUUUGUGAGUUCACCGUAAUCCUCCAAAAGAAAAACCCUUGGCCGGUGUCGGGGACAGUGAGGCGGGUCGGCUGUCGGAAGGAUAUGGGAGAGCGAGCGGAACCGAUGCAGUGGGUCUUGGCGGGGCACCGUCAACAUACAGGGCAGUGAUGCCUGGCAUGGUGAUGUUUCGGCGGCGCUGGUCAGUUGGCAGUGAUGACCUGGUGUUGCCCGCCCUCUUCCUCUUUCUAUUGCACUGCAUCUGGUUGGUGGUUCUGUCCGCGGUGCUGUUUGGCCUCCCGUAUGGCUCCGAGCACUCCUGUUCUGUGACGCUGGUGGACCAUGGCCGAGGGUACCUGGGCAUCCUGGUCAGCUGCCUUAUCUGUGAGAGCGCCAUCAUGUGGUUGAGCAUGAGAGGCAGCAUUCUGUACACGCAGCCCAGGGAAGCUGUGCAGUAUGUAAUCUAUAUACGGCUAGCUAUUCUGUUGGUCGAGCUAGUAUAUGCUGUGGUGGGAAUUGUCUGGCUUGUCCAGUAUUAUCAGCCAUGCCCUGAUGUCACUGCCAAAAACCUGGCUAUGGGAAUCGUUGCAUGCAACUGGCUCGUCAUUUUCAGCGUUUGCAUUAUCCUCACGUGCACCUUUGAUGCUACGGGUCGAACUUUUGUCAAACUGAAAGCCACCCGUCGGCGGCAGCGCAACCUCACUACGUACACUCUCAGACACCGGCUAGAGGAAGGCCAAGCCAGCAGCUGGAGCAGGAGACUCAAGUUCUUCAUGUGCUGCACAAGAGCCCAGGAUACACAAUCGGAUGCAUAUUCAGAAGUAGCCAGCCUUUUUGCAGAGUUCUUCAGAGACCUGGACAUUGUGCCUAGCGACAUUAUUGCUGGCCUGGUACUUCUCCGCCAGAGGCAGAGGUCUAAGAGAUCUGCUAUCCUGGACCAGGCCAACAAUGACAUAUUAGCCUUCUUAUCUGGAAUGCCUGUCACUCGUAAUACUCUAUACCUGGACCUCAAGAACUCAACCGAGAUGAACAUGUAUAAGGACGUGUGUUAUUACAUGAUCUUCGCCCUGGCUGCGUACGGUUGGCCCAUGUACCUAAUGAGGAAGCCCGCCUGUGGACUGUGCCGCCUCGCCAGCUCCUGCCCCUGUACUUCAGUAUCUGGCUCUCGGUUGUCUCAGUCUGUGACUGUGGAGGAGGACAAUUGUUGUGGCUGGAAUGUCCUGGCCAUACGGAGACACUUCCUGGACCGGGACCUCAAGCAGGUUCAGAUUGUCUACACAUCCUGCCACGAUGCUGUUUAUGAGACCCCGUUUUUUGUGGCAGUGGAUCAUGCGAAAAAGAAGGUUGUGAUCAGUAUCAGAGGAACCCUAUCACCAAAGGACGCCUUGACUGACCUGACGGGGGAUUCUGAACGUUUGCCUGUGGAGGAGCAGCACGGGACAUGGCUCGGCCACAAGGGGAUGGUUUACUCAGCAGAAUACAUAAAGAAGAAACUGGAGCAGGAAAUGAUCUUGUCACAAGCCUUUGGAAGAGACUUGAACAAGGGCACCAUGCACUAUGGGCUGGUCGUAGUCGGCCAUUCUCUUGGUGCAGGCACUGCUGCUAUCCUCUCCUUCAUGCUGAGACCUGAAUACCCCACACUUCACUGCUACUCUUACUCUCCACCUGGUGGCCUUUUUAGUGAGGAUGCCAUGGAGUACUCCAAAGAGUUUGUGACAGCCGUGGUGUUAGGAAAAGACUUGGUGCCAAGGCUCGGCCUGUCGCAACUGGAGGGUUUCCGACGCCACCUUCUGGAAGUCUUGCAGAAAAGUAAUAAGCCAAAGUGGAGGAUCAUUGCGGGAGGCACCAAAUGCAUCCCCAAAUCAGAGCUUCCAGUUGAGGAUGAUGAUCCUCAGUCUCAGACAGCAGCACCCCCCAGCAGUCGCCUCUGGCUCCACCCCAGUGACCUCAGCAUUGCCCUUUCAGCCUCCACCCCACUCUAUCUUCCUGGCAAGAUCAUCCAUGUGGUGCACAACCAUCCUCCAGAGACGUGUUGUGGCCAGGAGGAGCCAACCUACUCCGCUCUGUGGGGGGACAACAAGGCCUUCAAUGAGGUCAUCAUAUCACCUGCCAUGCUUAAUGAGCACAUGCCCCAUAUGGUGAUGGAGGGCCUAAACAAGCGUCAAAGCAUGGGUGCUGCUCUCUCCUGGUUUUAUGGUGCUGGAGAACUACAACAAAGGGAAAACAGCUUUGCUGUCAGCAGCCAAGAUCAUGGUGAGCCCCACAGAAGUGGACUUAAACCCAGAGAGCAUGUUCGUGGAUACAUCAACAACUCAGCAGCCGACGCCUCCAACCGACCACCGCAGGAACAGCAGUGUUCGAGCAGUUGCAACGUAUGUUCGUGUGCCCAGUCUGAAAUAUCUCUGGAUGGUUUCUCUGAGUGCCCUCCUCCUCCAGUGCCCGUAGUGCUGCGUGGAGCACGGGAGCGCCUGACGGUGGAGUUGAAGGACCGCAAAGCACCGCUGGCCGUCACGGAAAGUCUCUCGGACGCAGAAUCCCUCUAUAGUCUGGAUUCUCGACGCUCUUCAGCUGCGCUAAGAGGUUCGCCAAUGCUGAGUUGCCUCCCGUUCCCUUUGGAUGCCCCGAUCCCCGAGGAAAACCCGUCUCUCAGCUCUCGCACUGAACUACUGGCUGCUGACUGCCUCUGCCCGGAAACACCAGAGCACUUGGGUGAAGUUGGGCCCUUAUUUACACCACUGGAAUCCAGGCUCACCCCGGAUUACCCCAUGCGGCUGUCUCCUGCCACACCUCGCUACAGUGGAAACCGUUCCCCAGCUCUGCUGAAUCAGAGCGUCUUGGCUCAGCCUUUAACGCCGGAGCCUAACUCCAACCGAAAAAUGCUUCCUGAUGGGGAUCAUCAACAGAUGCCUUGUGUCUACAGCCCAGGGACCACUCCCAUAUCUCCCCUGAGCCCACAGAUUGGUUCUAGACCAAUGGAUGGAGGUGAUCAAGACUGGGUACUGGAAACGGCAGACAAACAGUUAUGUGCAGAGAUCAGCCCUCCAGCUUCUUCUCCUCCACCUCAACUAUCCAAUGGAAACCCCAGUAAGGCAGUGCUGGAGUUCGCCCAGUACUUAGACUCACUGUUCAGAUUGGACGGCAGCAGUUCACCACCUCUGGAGCUUUCUGACGGGGAGUCCGAGUCAGGCCGGGGAUCUUUUGGACAGGGAGAGUGUCUCGUAGAUGGACAGCCGCUGGACGACAAACAGCUUCUGGCGAGAGCAACACUGGAGCCUAACCUCGUCCCCAAGCCUCCACGCACUUUUGCUGGAUCUGCUGACCCCUCUUCAGGCAUCUCUUUGUCGCUCUCUUUCCCGCUCUCGUCGUCUGAGGAGCUCAACGACCUUUCCCCCGGCGAGGGCAUCCUGCCGCCCAUGCACUCCCUACGAACAUCUAGCCCCCGUCACACUCCUGAAGAGAACACAGUCUCAUCUAUGGUGUAGUGAGCUCCCAGGACUCCAAUGUCCUUUGCUCUAGAUUGACAGGUGCAGUCAUUUAAAGUGUAAAACAUAUCACAGUACGUGCAUGCGACGGAAUACAGACGAUCAUCAGAGAUCCAACGACAGAACUUGACGGACCAACACACAAACUAUUUCCAUUCUUCAGGUGUCCCCAGUGAACGCUGUCUCUAGCAUUUACACACAAUUGCAAUGACUGAGAAAAAAAAGAUACCUCUCUCUGCAUGCCAGGGGGCAGUACUGCUUUUGGGUGAAUAUAUAUAACUGUAGCUUCACAAUGCCAUUCCAAGACAAUGUCGUCUCACCCACGUAGGUAUAUCAGUUCCCCAACUUAACAAAAUCAAAGGGAGAAUACUAACCUGAGCAGGGAUUCAAAAACUAACACUGUAGAAGAGGUUAGCACAGGCACAGCAUCUGGGUUGGUGUCCUGGACAACUUCCUGCCCCCAUCAGCAGCUCCGGAAACUCUGUCCAGCUUUUAUUUAAAAAAAAUUGUUCUUCAAAUCAGGAAUGUGAAGAUGGACAUAUUCAUCAAUCAAUAGAAGUGAGAAGACAUUAUGAAAUGUUCCUCAGGUCUACAAAGAAUUGACUUUGAGAAAGAGAGUAAGUGCGUUAUAUUGGUGAGAAUUCAUGUGUCUGAACAAUGUAGUGAUUGUGACAAAGUUAUUACAGACGCCUAUGGAUGUUUUUGAGUCUUUUGGUUACUCUUUAUAGUGCAUGAAGGUUUUUUUUUUUUCUCUUUAUUUUGAAUGAGAAAAUGUCAAGAAACCACUUUGAUUGACAUUUGGAUACUCUUGCACACAUCAUCUUGCUCAAUUUAUCCACCCCGCCCCCAAAAACAAAAUAAUUGCCAAAUGGAAUACAUUGUAUGCCAAAUGUAUUUAUGAAAAGUAGUUUUGUAUUUGUAUAUUGCUGUACAAGCUAAGUUUAUUAUCUCCUUCCCAUUUCGUUGGUUCCCAUGUAGACUGUUCUACAGCAACACCACGGAAAAAAGCUAUCCUGACCUUAAAACACUGCCAUGGCUUUCAUUUGGAUAACACGACCUCUGGUUUGAACCAAUGAUAUUAAUAACUCACUAACAGUCGUCCUAGUCUCAUAACUACUGUACCUUUCUCUUUGGAGAGCUCUUAGCAAUGUACCCAGGUCAGAGAAAGCAUGCUUUUCAUGGUAGCAUGGCUGGUAUAGAAAUGUCUUGUCAUUGAGUCACAGUAAAUAAGAUCUACACAUGUACAGAAAUUAUAAUAUAUGUAAACUCAAACAUUAUAGAGGCUUCUAAAACACCUGGGUCACCAAACGGGACCAAACUGCCUAUUCUAGAAAUGUCCCAGGGUUUCAACUCUCUCGUUCUCGAAGUGCUCUCAGUCAUCGUGGCCUUCAAGGUGUUUGCUUCCCUUUAACGUGGUUCAUCUCAAACAUCCCUGAUGGACUGAAUAAAUGAAUGGGCUCAAACGUCACAUUUGCCAAUUCUAAAUACUGACCGUGGCAUACAAUCUUCCAUAUCACUCUGGGUGGAACAGGUGGCUCACAAUUUGCAUUAUUUAUUACCGUAAAUAUUCGUAUCACUUUUAUUGCUAUAUUUGAUGGUAUUAUUAUCCUUAUUGCUCUUGAAACGGAUUGGUUUGAUGUUAGUGGUUUUUAUCGCAGUUUUUUUUUUUAAGGAUGGUGUGGGGAACUUUUUAGACUUCCCCCAAAUGUAAGGAGUUCUAUAUUUCAUCUUUUUUUUCUUCUUUUCGUCAGAGUUGAAAGGUAUUUGACAUUCUGCCAUGGCACGGUGACGUUAUGUUCUUUUUACAAAUGUUAGAUGGUGGUGAGACAUGCUGCAGAGUGACAGCCUGCUCACAGUGACCUCUGAUGCAGCGCCGCCGUCAAGCCUGGAGUCACCGCAGUGAUCUCUAGUCUCUUUGGAUUAAGGUUUGCUGUGAAUACUCACGGCAGACCGUUCCAGCCAGUUUACAGUCUGACAACUCAAGUCAUGCUGCCAGUCCCGGUAGACUCACCAGAUACUCUCACAGUUGGGCCAGCAAUUUCCUACUUUCAGUAACUUUGCUUGCAGCCGGUCAUACACUGCUGAAAGAAAGCACUACAAUACUUCCUGCCAUGAUGUGUACAGCACCAUGUUCUUUGUGUAAUUAUGUCUUCAGAUGUCUAAAACAAAAGAUGAAUUCCAAAAGUCACGCAGAAAACGACUAUAUAACAAUAGGGAGAUGAUGAAUAUAUUAGAAGAUAUCAGUAUUGACUUAAUCUAAAAGUUAUUUAUUCAAACUAUUGGCAGAUUUACAAAUUGGUCUAUAUUUAAAUAAAAAUAUUUCAACUAUGUCUUGUCCACGUUUACCUGGUUUGCUUACCCUCCUUUCCUGCCCCACAAUGAGAAUGUAUUUAAUCCCUCCCCCUCACUGCCCUGCCUGUAAUGGAAUAAACUACAAACCAUGAAAAUAAAUAGAA